UAAAUGUUUAACUUCUAUUUUUCUUUGCCGGUUGUGUUCGUUCGCGCCUUCGUCACUGUGUUAGGGUUUUGCUGUGAGGCAGUGCAGUGAACUCAAACGGACUCGGCCAACACUCUCUUCUCUUGAAUCGUGCCAUUUUUCUCCGCGUGGAUUGCCCACCAUUUCCUAUCCUUAUAUAUUCUUGAAGGAAGACUACAACACGCAUAAUUGGGCCGCUCGCCGGAGGAUUUGCGGUGUCCGCGUGUUGCGUAUUGUCAAUUUUCAGCCAAAAUCGGCGACUUCCAUCAGGUGCUGAUCUCUUACUUCGCACUUGACAUGCAUCCAUUUGGUAUAUUUAGGAAAUGGCUAAUCGGAGUUUAGUGUGGGGCGUUGCGAAGAAAUGUUUCACAUUUGGGAUUAUAGGCGUUACUGUUUCAGAUCGUUAUGCAAGUAUUGUCCCUCUCCGGGGUGCUUCAAUGUCUCCCACUUUCAACCCUAGAGCGACUUCUCAGGCGGGUGCAGUUACUGGUGACUACGUACUGGUUGAGAAAUUUUGCCUUGAGAAGUACAAGUUUUCUCCUGGUGACGUGAUCGUUUACUGCUCCCCUAGUAAUUACAAGGAGAAACAUGUGAAAAGAAUUAUUGCCUUACCAGGAGAUUGGGUUGGAACUCGUCAAACAUAUGAUGUUGUAAAGGUUCCAGAAGGACAUUGUUGGGUUGAGGGCGAUAACGCAGAAUGCAGCAUGGACUCGAGAUCUUUUGGCCCAAUACCAAUGGGUUUGAUUCAAGGGAGGGUGUCACAUAUCGUAUGGCCACCUCAAAGAAUUGGUGCUGUCGAGAGAAAAUAUCCUCAGGGGAGAAUUAAGUCCUAAUUUUACUAAUACUAAAGCUCAUAACCAGUUUUCUAUGAUCCCCCCUAUUUGUGGCCUUUUGCUUCUUAGGUAGAAGUUUUCAGAAACUCGAGGCCUUUCCUGUAGCAUUAUUAUUCUCUCUCUCUCUCUCACUCUCUAUCUCUCUCUCAUGUUAUUUUUUCUUUAUAACAUACAUUAUUUACUUUCUUGGGGUAUUUUCAAUGUAAUGCCCAUGCUAUAAGAAACCAACAUUUUUAAGAA